UGGAGCAAAGCGGUUGGCCAAUGGGACGCGAGUUUGGUUGAUAGCCCGUCGGCCCGGUCGGCCCGUCGUCGUUAGGCCAGUUAGGCCUCGCUGCAACCAUCGCAGGGUUGGGAUCGGGUUGCCAUCAUCGAUGAAUUUACCGGGCUUAUCAGAUUUUGAGCGCCGAAUUCUUAAAAGGAGUGCGGAUCUAGGCGUCGCGCCGUACGAGGACACUCCACGCAAGCGCCGCGACGCGUCUCUGCCUCCCUCCGCUCCGCCAGCCGCGGAAGACUCGUCUCCCGCAACUCCGCCACCGGAGCCACCUCGGCGAGUAGGAGAUACAAACUGGUGCGACUGCGGCCGCUGCACGGCCAUGCCUACAACUCGGGAGUGUUUUUGCUGCCGUGAGCUGCCACAAGCUGUUCGGAAGCAGCCGGCUGAGUGCAUCACGGUGCACACCGACUUCUUCAAGCUGUGCCUUGACGUCGCCGUCCUCGCCGUGGCGUACUGCGAGGUCCGCGAGAAGGGUCUCGAACAUUCCCACGAGCUCCACGAGAAGUAUCGCUUUGUGGCAUACCGGCAGUUCACCCGCUGGAUGUGGGGUCGACUGGGAGCUGGCAACAGACGAGUGCUGCCUGCGUGCGUUGUGGAGAAAAUAAGAAAAACCUUCCCCUCUCAACAAUACACUGGCUUCAAGUAUCCUCCUCUGGACUGCGCACCAGUGGAUUGCUGAGCCAGGAAGCCGUCCAGUACACCCCCGAUCCUCUGGUACAUGGAUCACGGAGUGUAGAGCAUUAUGUGGUACGGCUAGAGAGAGACCAGGGUGCAGCAACCUUGUGGCUGUACAGUGUACAGCCACAGAGUUGCUGCAGCUUGUGCUUUCUCUAGCUGUACUGCUUGGCACUACCCUUGAGAAAUGUUUGGCAGAACCCCAUUUAAACGGCCUUUAUCAAGGCCACUCAUCUGUAGUAUAUCGGAGCUGGCAACCAAGCAGAGCCUCCCUCCCGUGUCUCGUAAGCUUUAUAAAUUGACCAGCUGAGCUCAACACAGAUAGCCCAGCUGCGUGUAUGCGCCAGCAUCGAGCCACCCAAAAUGGUUGCAACAGGUAACUCUUGGCUUCUUUUUUUUUAUGCCCUGUAAAGAACAUAAGAACAUAGCCAGGAACAUGACAUACAGGCUACUCAUUGGAAACUUCUUUGGUUCAUCCAUACAUUUAUUCACUUCUCAGUUCCGGUUUCUCCACCAAUCUUGUCGGCAUGAAGACAUUCGUGGCAACCUUUAGACUUGACUGCUCUGCUGCCAGAAAACUUGCUGUGGUACCUGCAUGUCUAGUAAUUAGUGGGUAAAUGCACUGUGCCUAUAGGUGGCAAACACCCAUACCAUGAAAACAGUGUUGCGGAGUUGCCACUCUGAAGUCUGAAUGAUUCCACAAUCAUUCUGCGACUCCGGAAUAGAGUGGAUUGGCAGCAGCACUGAGAAAAAUUAGAAGGGAAUUAGUUGCAUCUUGCCAAGAAUUGAGCAGGGAUGAAAUGUGUUCUUAUGCAAGCUGUGUCGAUGCGGUCAAAGGGACUUUUGAGACGGCAUCAUUGCACUCUAGGUAACUGACGGCUUGGUUAUCUGACUGGCUCAUGUUCCUUCAAGGUUGAAAAUCGCACCCCAAUGAAGCAAUUAAAGCUAGAGUUGUAAGCAGACAAGGUCUCGUUCGUGCUGCCAUGAGACUUGGCAAUGUGACUUGAGACCAUGUGCAAAUAGAGCACCAGGUAUGAACAAUGCCACAGUUCCCGUGUUUCUUUGAUGCACGACUCCUCAUUUGCCAUAUAUCUCCUAGAAGUGGUUUUAUAUAUAAGGUCCUUUUCUGAAGAAGAUGGGUGGUUUGAAGUUUUUCUAUCUGUUAAGGCUUUUUGCUGUACUAUUAUACCAAUGCGCCAAGAAACUAAUGGAGAGGAAGAGACGAGAGCACGGGGAUGUCAGAACGCUGAGCCCUGGUUCGAAUGAUUAGUGGGUAGACGUAUAGGCCAGCGCGCUGUCUACAAACAAGCCCACACAAAGUGCGGGCAAAUACACAGAAACUAGAUUUGCAUGAAGUGGAGCAUUUGUGCAUGCGCCCUGCCAGUAGCAACGCCACUACAGCAGCAUGACGUCAGGGAUGCGUGUUGGUGUAUAGCUAGCUGCUUUUGUCUCCACUGCACUGAACAAACGCACUAAAACGCCGGCAUCUGGCGUUAGGUCCUCGCAUUCGAGCGUGUUUAACUGCAGUGUGGAGACAACGGUCUACCCACUAAUCAUUCGAAAGAUGGGUCCAUGUUGCGACGUGCUCUUGUUUCCCUCAGUUUUUCGACGCAUUGCUAUCAGUGCCAUGUGCGACUACCGCCUGAUAGUGCCUUCGGAACUUUUUUUUGUGCAUAUUUUUGCAGUUGUCUAUGCCUUUUAUAACGUCAGCUUUAUACUGACAUUAUUUGCCGGCAACUUAACCCCUUUGACACCCAAAGGAUUACUGGAAAUAGUGGAGACCUAGAAACCCUGACAUGGUUUAGAACACACAAAAUAAGAGAAAUCUUGUCUUAGAAAAAAGUUACCCUUUUUGUAAUUUUUUUCAAAACAUUGCUUGUGACCAACAUUUCAAAACCCAGUGUUUCCCUUCUUAGAAGUUCAAAGAAAUGAAAUUAUUGGAAAAUUCAAUUCUGUGGAAUAUAUUCGGAAUGAAAAGGGGGUGCUCAUUCCACAACACUGCAUGAAAAUCCCUACAUGUGGCCCAAGACCUUUGUGCAGUCCACAAUUUGAACCAUCCAAUUAUUUUGCAGGUUAUACUGUUAUGCUAAAUAAACAAUCCACAGGCAAGCA